AUGACUGGAAGUCUCAUUCUAGCUCUGGCUGCCUUGCCUCUAUUCUAUGGAGCUCUUGCUUCUCCAUCUGGGCUCGAGGCCAGGGUGACUGGUACCUUGGAUUCUUGGAUCGCUGAAGAGAGUUCAUUUGCUUUGGAAGGAAUUCUUGCAAACAUUGGUUCAUCAGGGGCCCUGGCAUCUGGUGCAGCGUCCGGGAUUGUGAUUGCUAGCCCAAGCACGAGCAACCCGGAUUACUUUUAUACAUGGACUCGUGACUCUGCUUUAACAAUUAAACAGCUUGUUGAGCUUUUUAUAGCAGGGGAUACUUCGUUGCAAACCAUCAUUGAGGAAUACAUUAGCGCUCAGGCUUAUCUCCAGACCGUGUCCAAUCCGUCUGGAGAUCUGUCUACUGGUGGUCUUGGAGAGCCCAAAUUCAAUGCGGACAUGACUGCUUAUACCGGAGCUUGGGGACGUCCACAAAGAGACGGACCUGCGCUUAGAGCUACGGCUUUGAUUGCCUAUGGCCAGUGGCUAGUGGACAAUGGAUACAGCUCUUGGGCUUUGAGCAACGUUUGGCCGGUCGUUGAAAAUGACCUUGCCUAUGUGACCCAGUAUUGGAAUCAGACUGGAUAUGAUCUGUGGGAAGAAGUUGAUGGCUCGUCAUUCUUUACUAUCGCCGUGCAGCACCGUGCCCUAGUUGAAGGAGCCAAUUUUGCAACUUCCCUGGGAAAGACUUGCACCAACUGCGCGUCUCAAGCUCCUGAAGUGCUUUGCUAUCUACAGUCCUUCUGGACGGGAAGCUUCAUUCUUGCUAACUUUGACAGCAGUCGAUCUGGCAAGGAUGCUAACAGUUUAUUGGGAACUAUCCACACCUUUGAUCCCGAGGCUGCUUGUGAUGACACUACUUUCCAGCCUUGCUCAUCUAGGGCUUUGGCAAACCACAAAGUUGUAACGGAUGCCUUCCGCUCCAUCUACACCAUCAAUAGUGGUAUUGCGGAAGGCGAAGGUGUAGCAAUCGGUAGGUAUCCUGAAGAUAGCUACGUCGGGGGAAAUCCUUGGUUUUUGUGUACAUUUGCUGCUGCGGAAGUCCUCUAUGAUGCUCUAUAUCAAUGGAAUCAAAUUGGUUCCAUUACAAUUGACAGCACGUCACUAGCAUUCUUCGAGGAUGUAUACUCCUCUGCCGCUGUUGGUACCUACUCUUCUUCGUCUACAGCUUAUUCAAGCAUCGUUUCUGCUGUGAAGACAUACGCCGAUGGAUAUUUAAGCAUUGCGCAAACCUACGCUCCGUCAAACCUCACCCUUUCAGAGCAAUAUGACAAGAGUACCGGAGUAUCCAUUUCGGCAGCAAAUCUGACUUGGUCUUAUGCAGCUUUCUUGUCAGCCGUCAAUCGACGGGACUCAGCAGUACCAGCAGCUUGGGGCGAGACUUCUGCUAGUAGCGUACCUGCAACUUGCGUCGCAACUUCAGCUACUGGAACCUACAGCACGGCAACAGCUACAACAUGGCCUGCUACACUUACCGGGGGUUCUACUGCUGCCACCACAACUACUACUACCGCAACCGGAACAACAAGUAAAAUGACCAGUUCCAGCACUACUACCAGCAGUACGUCCAAAACAACGACGACAACGAAGACCAGCACAGCAUGCUCAACACCAACCGCAGUCGCCGUCACAUUCGACCUGAUCGCGACUACAACCUACGGUGAAAAUAUCUACAUAUCCGGAUCUUCUUCCCAACUCGGUGACUGGGACACCAGUGACGCCGUUGCGUUGAGCGCAGCAGACUAUACUAGCUCUGACAAUCUCUGGUUUGUGACAAUUUCACUCCCGGCUGGACAAUCAUUUGAGUAUAAGUUCAUCCGAGAGGAGUCCGAUGGAACCAUUGAAUGGGAAGACAUUUCAAACAGGGACUACACUGUUCCUGCAGCUUGUGGUACAACUACCGCUACUGUUAGUGACACCUGGGAUACAGAUUAG